UCGUCUUAUGUAACCUGUCGCUAAUUUUUCUCAAUGCAUCUGCAUCCAUAUGCAACAGGCUAAGGUUCACCGUGAGAACUUCAACCCACUUGAAGUCCAGCAAUGCACACUCCUUUCUAUCAAGACUGGUGGAUGCUCCGAGGAUUGCAAGUACUGCCCACAAUCAUCACACCAUAAGACACUUGUCAAGGCACAAAAGAUGUUGGAUACUGGAGAAGUGUUGGAUGCUGCUCGUAAGGCAAAGGCUGCCGGUAGUACUCGGUAAGAUCGAUCAUUGUCUUUCAUUGGGGAACACCAUAACCGGAGUGCUAAAAAAAAAAAUGCGAUGGGCUUAUCUGACUCGAACAAUGUUUUUAACUGGGUUUGGAUUGACAGUUUCUGUAUGGGUGCAGCAUGGAGAGAUUUGGCCGGUAGAAAGAGCAACUUCAACAAGAUUUUGGGCUACGUGACAGAGAUUCGCGGAAUGGGAAUGGAAGUUUGCUGCACACUCGGUAUGCUCAACGAAGAUCAAGCCAAGCGAUUGAAGGACGCUGGUCUUACUGCUUAUAACCACAAUUUGGACACUAGUCGCGAGUUCUAUCCCAAGAUUAUCACCACUCGAUCCUACGAUGAACGAUUGGAGACCAUUUCCCACGCACAAGGUGCUGGUAUAUCAGUUUGCUCUGGUGGUAUCAUUGGUCUUGGUGAAACGAACGAAGACAGAGUCGGUAUGCUCCAUACUUUGUCCACCUUGGGUCAACACCCCGAAUCUGUCCCCAUCAAUGCUCUCUUGGCGGUUGAAGGUACUCCUCUGGAAAAGCAAGAGCCCGUGUCUAUUUUCGAAAUGAUUCGUAUGAUCGCAACUGCACGUAUCGUGAUGCCCAAGUCGAUGGUUCGCCUUUCGGCCGGUCGCGUCCGAUUUAGUCAGUCGGAGCAAGCCAUGUGCUUCUUGGCUGGAGCUAACUCCAUCUUCACUGGUGACAAACUACUCACUACCCCCAACAACGAAUUCACAGAUGACCAAAAGAUGUUUGAGCUUUUAGGCAUUGUACCCAAGCCCCCGAACUUUGAGCAAGGGUCAGAUAAGCCUGAACAGCCAAACUACAACAAUGGCAUUAAGAUCAAGGCUGAAUUGCCUUCCAGCGCAUAGAACCCUUUCUGUCUUCUUUACUUUCCUUUUGUUUUUCACCUAUAAAAAUUUCAGUUUUAUCCACUGGGAACACAAGUGUUACACAUCGUAAUAACCCCGCAAUUGGCAAUCCAUAGAAAGUUUUUGGCGCGAUAUUUAUAAAAUUGAUCCUUGCCAGCGAUCGACGGUAUCAUGACGCUGAGCAGCGCACAUGAUCUGUCAAGAGAUCAUUUAAAGGAGAGGAG